CCCUGCGGCGCACGCCGGUCUCGUCUCCACGACUAUAAUAUUAAUACGUUUAUCGCUGCCACACGUUAUUGUAGUGUACGAUAACGUAUUAUUAUAUGACCGUCUCUCGGCGCACAAUAUCGUCAUCGUCGUAAUGUCUUGCGCAAUAUUGUAAUAUUUUCCCGCGGAACGCGGCAAUGACGACGACCGAGCUGGCGGAUGACAGUGUCGAGAGAUCGUGCAAGCUGGACGUCGAUGAUGGAUCGCACGCCAGUCGCGGUUAAAAUUCACGCAUCGACGAGUACACGCCGAAAUAUAACGAUAUAUCUCCAUCCGAUACAUUUAAUUCUAUAUUAUUCAUUAUUAUGACGACAAAUGCGGCGAUUGGUUUCUGCACCAUGGUACUGAUCACGUCCAUCGCGCUUUGGAGUCUGGGAUUGGCGUAUGCUGGUAGAGAGGGACCGCCGCAGAUACAGUCACCGUUUUUGUCUGUGAUGCAGGAUCGUCAGACGUAUCUGGGUGACAAUCCGUCGGAACCGAGUUAUGAUUCCGUGGGUGACGAUGGUGAUGACGACGACGACGACGACGAUUUAGCUUAUUCUGAAGACAACAGUAAAGAGGAACGUGAAGAUCAGCUAGACCAGGAUGAUCCAGUAAGCACAGUAACAGUGACUGCCGUUCGUGGUUCGAUGGCUUGGCUACCUUGUGACAUAGGUGGUGGUAAUAAUGACGGUUUGCCGAAACAACCGAUAAGAGUCGCGUCGAACGGUGGUGGAGAGGGAAAGACCAAGGACUUGACCAACACGAUCGAAGACCGAGCGUACAUGGUGUUGUGGUUCAAACACCAUUCAACAACAAUCCGUCAUCGGAAUAGUAAAUCGAAAAAUAAAAAGAUAUGGUCCGGAGGAAAACCUUUGUACAGUUUUGACGUGCGUGGAAGACCGUUAGCUCACGCGUUGAAAUGGUCUUCGGACGAAGAGAGCGGAGGAUUUGGGCCCAGGGCGUCGUUUGUGGUGUUUGGUGGCAAUAACGGUAUUGGACGGGGAAAGUGGUCGAAACAACAUACUUUACUGUUGGACGAUUACAACAGUGGCCUCUACGACAACAGUAGCAGAGCAGCGCUCAAAGUCAUCAACGUGACUGAACAGGAUGCUGGGGCCUACAGGUGCCGAGUGGAUUUUCGCGAUUCACCUACGCGGAACUAUCGGAUAAUCCUACGAGUUAUAGUGCCACCCGAUAAAAUGACAAUCGCUUAUAACGGAAUAGGAACAGAAAUCGACGAUGGAUUCCAUCACACAAUCGGCCCAGUACCAGAAGGCAGCCGAUUGGUAUUGGAGUGUCGAGUUCAAGGAGGGAAACCCAAGCCACGAGUGCAGUGGUAUUCAGCGGAUGGAAUAGUCACCUCAUCGCUCGGUACGGGAACAAUAAUGGAUCUGACAGAGGAUGUAUCUUACGGAAACAAAAACGACGACGAAGAAACAACUACCAAAAGUCUCGUAAUUCAUCAAUUGAAUCGAACUCAUGCUAAUAGUACAUACACGUGUCUGGCUGGAAAUGACGACAACACCAUGCAAUCAAAUCUCCGAAUGACAGUGCUGAUAAACAUGUACUUGAAUGUGAAAAGCGUACGUAUUGUCGGCAUACGUCCAAUAGACGAAACAGAAAACAUGGUUAAUUAUAACGAAGACAGUAAUAAUGACGGAGUAAUACAAGCAACAAAUCUUAUAUCCGGUAAGUGGUAUACGGGCGAAUGCUGGGCUGAGGGUGCGAGUCCUAAGGCAACGAUAGAAUGGUCUAUUGAUGGAAACGGUACAUUAGCUGACGAAAUACCCUCUUCUCCCACAACGACUCGUAUAACAGUAAUAGAACAAACUGAACAUAGCAGUAGGAUACGAUUGAGGCCUACACCAGGCGACGAUGGUCGAUAUUUACGAUGCCGAGCUUGGAACCCUGAUAUUAAUACCACGAAAGAUAAUAUUAAGAAUAAAGCUUUAUUACUUAAUGUCCAAUAUCCACCUAUAGUUAAAUUAAGUUUGGGCCAUACGUUCGAUCCGAGUAGAAUCAAAACAGGAGACGAUGUGUAUUUUGAAUGCAAGGUGUUGGAUGGCAGCGGGAGCAAAGGAAAACAACGUAAUCGCAUCGAAUGGUAUCACAACGGCCACCCAAUCUUGCAAAAUGGCAGUAGUAACGGAAGCGUCAGCAUCGACUCGGAAAUCAAAGUCGUUCUUUUAAGCGCUGGCACUUUAGUCAUAAGGAACGUGGGACGCCGCCAUUCCGGCCGGUACACGUGUCAAUGUAAUAACGAUCUGGGAAUGGGACGGUCACGACCGGUCACCCUCCGAGUUCAAUAUGCUCCCGUGUGCGCGGACGACGGCGAUCAACUGCAAUUGGUGGGCGUCGAAGCCAACGAAAACAACGUACGUAUCGUGUGCCGGGUAAGGGCCGACCCGGCCGACGACCGUGUACAAUUCGAGUGGCUCGUGUGGCCGGGUGCAGCGGCCGCAGCCACAGGUGAGCUGCACCAGCAACAAUCGCCGAGCGUAGUAGCCACCGGCAGCUAUGUCACCACCGCCCUGCCCAACCAACGGAACGACACGGCUGUCGGCGAGCUUGUACUGCCGGCUAUGACUGUAGGCGUCCCAGACGUGGUCCAGUAUGUGGAUAGAGCGCCUUACUUCAAGAAGCCCAUUGUGCUGGACACGAUCAGCUGUCGGGCCACGAAUGCCGUCGGCCGUCAGCAAAACCCUUGUCUGUAUCACAUAAUACCAGCAUCACCCCCGGGUCCAUUGACUGGCUGCGCGAUACGAUUGCCCAAAGAUCAAGAACGGCCCACCGGUGCUGGUAGUAGACAUCACCAUCACCAUCACCAUCAUCAUCAUCAAAGACGCACGUCACCCAUCCAAGACAACGGGGAAGAUAAAGACUUGGCAACAAUAAGUUGCACUUUAGACAACGACGGUGGAGUUAGGCCGCUGACUUACUCAUUGGAGAUAUAUGAGAGCAAUGAUUUGACCACGACGUUUUCCAGAUCAUCCUACGCGACAGCAGACGAUAGCAGCUAUGACAUUCGACGUAACAAGUACCGCUUAAGUGGUGAGUGGCUAGCGGACAACGUGACGGGCACCGCUGCCGGGUCGACGGCGGGCGGCGGUUCGAUCGAAUACCGCGUAAACCGCAAGAACCUACGACUGAGAAACGGCCCGAAUGAUGAACGAAAACAUUUAACUCUAUCAGCGUACGCAGCCAAUCGCAUGGGCCGAGGCCCGCUCACGAAUUUCGGUAGCGAUAACGUGAUGCUGUUGAGGCACCCGUGGUGGUGGAGCGGCGAGUCAGCAUACGAAAGCAGUACGAGAGCAGACGGUCCGGCCGGCACUUCGUCUACCGAAUGGUGGAUAAUGUUGAGUGGAGGCGGCGACAAUGACGAUAGGCGGAGCAACGCGUCAAAUAGCCAUGGGAAAAGCACUACAGCGACGAGCAUGAUAGUGUUCGUUUCAGUAGCGGUGAUGUCGGCGAUAGUCAUUGCGGUGGCGUUCCUGUUGUGGAAACGACGGCAGAGCGACGACAGAACACCGACGAUCGUGGAAACCGCGACGAUAGCAUCAAACGACCGGACGGCAUGUGGCGACAAGAUGAUCGGUGAAAAAUAUUCGCUGCUUUCCCGGCGACCGCAGCAGCAACAACAGCGAAACGUCUACCCGAAUCUGACCGGUUCGCAUUGCGAUCGCAAUCCCGGCGAAUCCGGAGAUCCCUCGCCGGACAUAAUGAUCCAAAAAAACUUUGGCAAACAGUUUUUAGUGUCGAUCGUGAACCGCGGCAUUCCCGGCCCCGAGAGUUGUGUGUGAGCAAUAACCUGAUGUUCAUAUCAUAAUAUGAUUACACCAACUACCUUGUUACCUUGUACAGUAAUAAUAUAAUAAUUAUUAUUAUUACCUAUGUUGAGUUUACGGUAUAAUAUGUGUGUAUACUAUUUAAUAAUAUUAUGUCAUGUGUUUACGCUAAACACAAUUUUUCACCUCGUCCCUAACUCAGGUCCUGCCCGAAAAUAGCAAAUCACUUAUUAUACCAUUUUGUUAUAUCAAGGAUCUGUGUUUUUGUGUAGAUCAUCAUUAUAUAAUUAUUAAUAUAAUAAUUGAAUGUUAAAAAAAAACUACAAUCGUCAAAAAUACCUACUAUAAUAUAAGACCGAUGAUUUUACGGCCGUUCGUCUCUUCCUUUUUAAAUUCUAUAAUAAUUUUUUGAGUUUUUCUCUAUAACAAUAAUGUCAUUGUGUUAUUAUUUUA